AACACCACGGCAAAUCUACGACACUCUGCGCUCCACCGUCGUUGCAGUGCCUCGUGCAAACGCCGACACGCCGACCGGCUGUGGUCGUCGCCCGCGAGACAUUGCUGCCGUUUCCGUCCUUCGUUCGCUGUGGCGCACUGCCACAUAGGGAAUCCGGAGGGCCGCAGCCGAGCAUCAGCACGAAUUCGAUGGCAUGCAACACAUCAAUGGGUUCCUUGACGGCGCAGCCUGCAGUCCACGUAAUGGCCAAGCGAGUCUGGCAUUUCGAGCACUUCACGCAAGCAGGCCGGAUCGUCUUUGCCCACCACUAACGGCAUUGCAUAGCUCGCCGCUGACUUUUGCACCUGCGCCGUUCGCCGAAUGUCUCUCCAGAGCCUCCUCGGGGCUUCCCGGACGGACAGUACUCGGGACACCCUCUUCGAACACCUUCACCACCAAACUACAGCUAGUAGUAGUCUUACGACGCACGCUUCAUGUCCCGGAAUUAAAGAAUGCACCAUCCCUUCGCGAUGUCCUGAGAUUCUCCUCUCGAGGAGCACGUACGCCAUGCAUCGUGCGAAGGGAAUUCUGCAUCCUUUGUGACACACUUGAGAGCUUGUUCGAACCACACGGCACGAUCUGCCACCACCGUACCACGCAUUACGCCAGCUUCAAUCUAUCGCUUCCCCGUUACGCAGAGCACAGCCCUGCGUUUCCAUAAUCCUCUCAACUCAUCAACCGAUAACCAAUAUACCAUUCGGUCUUCUAUACCAACGCCUGAGAAUCAUCGUACACACUGGACAUCACUAACUUCCCAAUCAGGAAUCCAGUGUCGGACCCAACGAGAAAUCGAGAAUCGCCAGCAAAAUCGCACUG